AUGGCAGAAAGAGCAGCAAAUGAGCCUGCCGGUACUUAUAGAGCCCUUCACUUGGCAGCUGCAAAUGGAGAUGUUAAUGAGGUUCAGUAUCUGAUUGGUCAAGGAACACACAUUGACACGUAUGAUGAAGACGGUAAUACACCUCUUUUAUAUGCAUCAACUAAUCGUUAUCUUGGAGUAGUUCAGUAUCUCGUUGAUCAAGGGGCAGAUGUUGAUAAAGGCAAUAUCGGUGGUUCGACACCACUUCACUUCGCAUCAGGUUGGGGUUUUCUUGAUGUAGUUCAGUGUCUCGUUGGUAACAAAGCUAAGAUUAAUAAGCUUGAUGAUGAUGGUAAUACAGCUCUUUACUCGGCAUCAAAGCAAGGUCAUCUUCACGUAGUUGAGUACCUCGUUGGUCAAGGAGCACAGGUCGAGAAGGUUGAUAAUAAAGGUUCGACAUCACUUAUUAUUGCAUCAGCCAAAGGUCAUAUUGAUGUAGUUAAGUAUCUCAUAAGUAAAGGAGCAAAUAUUAAUAAGCCUGAUGUUGAUGGUAAGACACCUAUUUACGGUGCAUCACUAAAAGGUCGUCUUCAUGUAGUUCAGUAUCUCGUUGGUCAAGGGGCACUGAUUGAGAAUUGCGAUAAUCAUGGUGAUACACCAAUUCAUGCUGCAUCAGGCAAUGGUCAUCUUGCUAUAGUUCGGUACCUCGUUCGUCAAGGAGCAGAGAUUGAGAGGACCGAUAAUGCUGGUCACACACCACUUCUUCUUGCAACAGGCCAUGGUCAUAUUGAGGUAGUUGAGUAUCUCGAGAAAGAACUAGAGCAGAGGGAAGACGAACGAGCUGAAGAAGUGAUUCUUAAAAACAUUGUGAUGGCGGACCUCACUGUAACAGACUCCAGUGGGGAACAAUGUGCCUUCCAUGAGAAGAAAGCAAGGGAUCACGAAGGCUGCCAUUUGGGUGGAGGCUCUUUUGGGGAGGUCUUCAAGGCUGUACAUGCAGUACAUGGUGAUGUAGCUGUGAAGCUUGCUAAACCUGGUAAAGAACGUCAAUUGGAGAUGUACAAGAAACAAGUGGUGAUGUACCAGAAAGAGGCUCAAAAGCACGAAAAUUCCCUCAAAUGUGAGCACAUUGUCCCCAUCAAAGGAUUUGUGCAGUGUGAAGAUAAGGCAUGCGACUGUGAACUGUUUGGUAUCGUCAUACAAUACAUGAAGAAUGGAUCUCUUUGGAACUUCCGCACUACUAAAUGGCGACAGCAUCCUGAUCAUUUGGACUUCCGCACUACUAAAUUGCUACACCACCCUGAUCUCUGGCCUCUGACCAAUAGGAUGGUCUAUCAGAUCUCGCGCGGAAUGCAUUUUCUCCACUCCAAGUAUAUCAUUCACCGUGAUCUCAAGCUGGAGAACGUUCUAGUAGAUCGUAAUCUUAAUGUCAAGGUAACAUUCCUAACCUGUCAUCUCUGCAGCAUUUCACAAAACCAUCAUAAGUACUCAAGAUAUCCUAUCGAUCAAGUGUAUUGUAAUUAA